CACAUAAAAUAAAAUAAGCAAGAAAAUGGGUUCUCAUGGCCUGUUUUUCCAUUGUUCACAAAUUUAUCCCCAACCAAAAUUCAAUCCUGCUUCCAUUAAUCUUCAAAGGGGAAGCAGCAUAACAUCUCAUGCUUCCAAAUCCAAUGGUUUUCCACUUAACUCUAUUUUCAAGAAAUGUGAAACAUGUGGUGGGCAAGGUGCCAUAGACUGUGGUGGAUGCAAGGGAACGGGAAAAAACAAGAAGAAUGGGAAUAUAUUUGAGCGUUGGAAAUGUUAUGAUUGUCAAGGUUUUGGGCUAAGGAGUUGCCCAAGUUGCGGGAAAGGAGGGUUGACACCAGAACAAAGAGGAGAACGAUGAUCACUUGUAUCUAUAUUUUUCUGUUUUCGUGUUCACGUAUACAAACUCUUUUUAACUUCAGCCAUUUAUAAGUUACGAAAACGAUUAAACUA